AUGAGACCUCGCCUGCCUGCUGCUCAUUGGCGUUGUGCCUGCCUGCCUGCUCUGUCUCUGUGCCUGCCUGCCUGCUGUCCUCUGUGCCUGCUCUGCCUGCCUGCCCUGUCUCUGUGCGCUGGCCUGCCUGCCUGGCCUUGUCUCUGGGUGAGCCUUGCCUUUCCCAGUGUCACACGGCUGGGCGUGUGCCACGUGCUGGCCUGCCCUAGCUGUGAAGUAACUAAAGUGUGCAACUCGUGUGGCCUGUGGUCUGUCUCUUGCGCCUUCUGGCCCCUUGGCUGCCUGCUGCCUUUUGCGCUGACCCUGUGGGUCCUGUGCUGCGCGUUGGGCUCCCUGCUCCUGUCCCUUGCCUGCCCGUCUUGUCGGCCGCUGCUGCCUCGUUGGCCUGUGCCUCACUCCCUCGUCCCGCUUGCUGAUCGGUGCGUGUGCGCUGUGUCUUGCUCCUGCCUGUCUCGUCUCUCUGCCUCUUUCUCGUCUGCGUCUGGCCUCUCGCUUUGUGCUGUGCCUUCUGUGUCUUGCCCCUGGGGGUUUCUCCCUGUUGCCUGCCCUGCCUGUCUCUUGCCUGCCCUGCCCCUGCCUGUCUCUUGCUGGCCUGGCCUGCGCUGUCUCUUGGUGCUGCUGCCUGUCCUUGUGCCUGCUGCCUGCCGCCUGCCGUCUUGCCUGCUCUGCCUGUGCCUGUCUUCGUCUGCCUGCCGUGCCUGCCUGGGCUCUGCCUGUGCUCUGCCUGCCUGCUCGUGCCUGCCUGCCUGUCUCUGUGUGCCGCCUGCCUGCUGCCUGCUGCUGCCCUGCCUGUUCUCUGUGCCUGCUGCUGUCCUGCUGCCUCUGCCUGUUCGUGCCUGCUGCCCUGCUGCUCUUGCCUGCCUCUGCCGUCCCUGUCUGCUGUCUCCUGUCCUGCUGCCUGCCUUCGUGCCUGCCUGCUCCUGUGCCUGCGUGGCUGCUGCCUGGGCCUGCUGUCUGUGCCUGCCUGCCUGCCUGUUCUGUUGUGCCUGCCUGCCUGCCUGCCUCGUGCCUGCUGCCUGCCUGCCUGGCCUGCCUUCUGGUGCCUGCCCUGCCUGCCUGCGCUGUUGCCUGCCUGUGCCUGCCUGUGUGUGUGCCUUAGCCUGCCCUGCCUGCUGUCUGUGUGCUGCCUGCCUGCUGCCUGUCUGUGCUGCCUGCCCUGCCUGCGCCUGUCUGUGUGGCCGCUGCCUGCCUGCCUGUCUCGUGUGCCUGCACUGCCUGCUGUCUGGUGUGCCUGCCUGCCUGCCUGCUGUCUGUGCCUGCCUGCCUGCCUCGCUGUCUCUGGCCUGCCUGCCUGCCUGCCUGUCUGUUGCUCUGCUGCCUGCCUGCCUGCCUCCUGUCUCUGGUGCCUGCCUGCCUGCCUGCCUGGCCUCUGUGCCUGCCUGCCUGUCUCUGUGCCUGCCUGCCUGCCUGUCUCUGUGCUGUCUCUGUGCUGUCUCGUGCCUGGUCUCUGUGCCUGCCUGCCUGCCUGUUCUCUGUUGCCUGCCUGCCUGCCUGGUCUCUGUGCCUGCCUGCCUGUCUCUGUGCCGUUGCCUGCCGCCUGUCCUGUGCCUGCCUGCCUUGCGCCUGUCUCUGUGCCUGCCUUGCCUGCCUGUCUCUGUGCCUGACCUUGCCUGCCUGUCUCUGUGCUGCCUGCCUGCCUGCUCCGUGCCUGUCUCCGCUGUUGCCUGCCUGCCCGGCCUGCCUGUCUCUGGCCUGCCGCCUGCCUGCCUGUCUCUGUGCCUGCCUGGCCUGCCUGGCCUGCCUCUGUGCCUUGCCUUGGCUGCCUGCCUGCCUGCCUCUGUGGCCUGCCUGCCUGCCUGCCUGUGUGCCUGCCCUGCCUGCGCUGCCUGUCUGUGCUGCCUGCCUGCCUGUGCCUGUCUGUGUGCCUGCCUGCCUGCCUGCCUGUCUGUGUGGCCUGCCUGCCUGCCUGCCUGCCUGUCUGUGUUGCCUGCCUGCCUGCCUGCCUGUCUGUGGCCUGCCUGCCUGCCUGUUGUGUGCCUGCCUUGCCUGCCUGCCUGUCUGUGUGCCUGCCUUGCCUGCCUGCCUGUCUGUGUGCCUGCCUGCCUGCCUGCCUGUCUGUGUGCCUGCCUGCCUGCCUCCUGGUCUGUGUGCCUGGCCUGCCUGCCUGCUGUCUUGUUGCCUGCCUGCCUGCCUGUCCUGUGUGCCUGCCUGCCUGCCUGUCUGUGUGCUGCCUGCUGCCUGCCUGUCUGUGUGCCUGGCCUGCCUGCCUGCGCUGUCGUGUGUGCCUGCUGCCUGCCUGCCUGUCUGUGUUGCCUGCCUGCCUGCCUGCCUGUCUGUGUGCCUGCCUGGCGCUGCCUGCCUGCCUGCCUGUGUGCCUGCUGCCGGCCUGCCUGCCGUGUGCCUGCCUGCCUGCCCUGCCUGUCUGUGUUGCUGCCUGCCUGUGUGCUGCCUGCCUUGCCUGCCUGUGUGCCUUGCCUGCCUGUCUCUGUGCCUGCCUUGCCUGCCUGCCUGCCUGUCUCUGUGCCUGCCUGCCUGCCUGCCUUCUCUGUCGCCUGCCUGCCUGUCUCUGUGCCUGCCUUGCCUGCCUGUCUCUGGCCUGCCUGCCUGCUGGCUGUCUCUGUGCCUGCCUGCCUGCCUGUCUCUGCUGCCUUGCCUGCCUGCCUGUCUCUGUGCCUGCCUGCCUGCCUGCCUUGUCUCUGUGCCUGCCUGCCUGCCUGCCUGUCUCUGUGCUGCUGUCUCUGUGCCUGCUGUCUCUGUGCCUGCCCUGCCUGCCUGCCUGUCUCUGUGCCUCCUGUCUCUGUGCCUGCUGCCUGCCUGCCUGCCUGUCUCUGUGCCUGCCUGCCUGCCUGCCUGUCUGUGCCUGCGUGCCUGCCUGCAUGCCUCGUGCCUGCGUGCCCUGCCUGCCUCUCAUUGUAUGAUGCUACAUGUACUUGGAGUGGAACAUUACCUCCAAGGAGUCAGAAAAAUUCUGGAUAUUCCUGCAAGGUCUUCUUGGGAGGUGUUCCUUGGGACAUGAGUGAAAGUGCUCUGCUUUCAAUAUUCAAAGAUUUUGGUGCUGUAAGAGUAGAAUGGCCAGGAAAAGAACAUGCUGCUUCACAACCAAAAGGAUAUGUUUACAUUAUUUUUGAAUCAGAAAAACAGGUAAAGGCACUCCUACAGGCUUGCACGCAAGAUUUUCGAAGUCUUGGUAAUUGGUAUUACAAAAUUUCAUCACGCAAAAUGAAAUCAAAAGAGGUAAGAUAUGUUGAAAAAAUUCGAGAGAACUUACUAUUGCACUUCACUCUUCUGCAACCCACAAGGGCUUUCAGGUAG